AUUUUUGGGUGUUUGAGAGAAUCGUCACCAUGAAGCACUGUGCACUGUUGUCGCUGUUGUUGGCGUUGGGGUGCAUGCACGUCCACGGUGCACCGGUGGAGCAAGGCGCCAUGGAGCAGGGGUCAUGUGAAGACGCACAGGCAAAGUUUGCAGCCGGGCUGGCUCUCACCAAAAUCAACCAGGACCGGAAGGAGGGCUACAUCCUUAGCCUGCACCGCCUGUCCAACGUCCACAUGAAGACACACGCAGAGACUGGUGUGGUUUUCUACCUGACCAUGGAUGUUGUAGAGACCAACUGCAGCGUUCUCAGCAGGAAGGACUGGAAGACUUGCGAGGCUCGUCCCACACACGACACACCAGUUUAUGGUCAGUGCAAAGUUGCUAUUUACACCAACAGGCCACACAGAGUGGUGCGUCUCUACAAAUACGACUGUGCUAUCAGACCAGUUCCUUCAUCUCGUGUCACCGAUAUCUGUCCCGACUGUCCGACCCCUGUGGCCAUGGACGGCGCUGAGAUUCAGAAGGCUGUCACUCUCUCCUUGGAGAAGUUCAAUAAGGAGAGCGGGCUGGACAAGCGCUUCGCUCUGUUGAAAAUCAGCCGCGCUACCUCCGGGAUGGCCAUGGCCAUGUACUACAAUGUAGAGUACGCCAUCCAGGAGACCACCUGCUCCAAGAGUGCAGCCGCUGAUAACUGCCCCCUCAUGACCUGCGAGUUCACUCACAAGGGCUUCUGCAAGGCUUCCCUCUUCUACUCUCCCACUGGUGAUGCUGACACCUCAGUGGAGUGUGAGAUCUAUGAGCCUGAGUCUGCUGAUAGAGAGAAGAAACUGCACACGAUGGCCGCAGAGACUGACCACGCUCACAGCGACACAGCGACACACAACCACGACCACGACCACGCACAUGCCGCCGACCACACACACACCCAUGACCACGUGCACGACCACACCAAGAGCCACGGCCAACACGAUGCCACCCACAUACACGACGCCAACAGUGACCACGACCACACACACGACCAUGACGGGAGCAGCGGCCACAGGCACGCCCACGGGCACUCCCACGACCACGGGCACGGCCACGACCAUGUGCACGCUCACCAUGCCAAGGCGCACGACCACACCAGCGACGUCCCCAACCAGCACCACGACUACAAGCACGCUGGUGACGCCCACACCCAUGAGCACGACCACGAGAUCGCUCUAGACCACGACCACAAGCAUGCCCACCUGCACGAGCACGAACACCACCACCAUCACCACGAUCACGACCACGACAGCGCUGGCCACGACCACCCAGAGGGUAUGGUUAGAGUGUUGGCCUCCACUGACCAGCCCAUGACCCUGCCGUCUUUCCCCGACGUCCCUGCCGCUGGUCCCGAGGUGGGAGUCACUCUGCCCCUCAAGCCUGACCCCCAAAUCCCAGGAGUGAUGGAGCCCUUCAUUGAGGCCUUCCCCACCGCGGCCUCCGCCCAGUGCGUGCCCCCUGCAGUAGGAGAAACUCUGGUGGAGAAAGUCUUCGCUGAAGACCCCAUGUUCAAACCAGCUGCAUAAAGUGAUGUUGGGACUCAUGAAAGAACUGAGCAGA